AUAAAUUUAAAACCUAUAUUUGAUUGCAGAUAAAAAUGAAAAAUUGAGACGAUUUGAAUUUAGAGAUGAAUUUAACAACGGAAGAAUCAGGGGACCGGAGGUUUUAUGAACUUCCGGUUCAGAGCAGCCGCGUGCAGGUUGUCGAGCUGAAGAAAAAACAAGAACUAGCUGAAUAUAUAAAUUCAAAUAUCAUAGGAAAGGAUGCAACUUUCAUCAGUCCCUUCGGAAGAAGAAAGAUCGUAGAAUGCGAUUACACAGCUUCAGGGAAAAGUUUGACUUUUAUUGAAGAUUACCUAAAAGAGGAGGUGCUCCCUCUGUAUGGUAAUACCCACACCACCACCACAGUAUCAUCCCUCCAAACUACACUUUUUAGACAUGAGGCGAGGGAUAUUAUUAGGAACGCUGUGCACGCCGGAGAAACAGAUGCUGUGAUAUUUGAAGGCUCUGGUUGCACCGGAGCUGUUCAUAAACUAGUUAAUGCCAUUCGGGACUUUCGGGAAACUGUUGUGUUUGUUGGACCUCAUGAACAUCAUUCUAAUAUUUUGCCGUGGAAAGAAGCUGGAGCAGAAACUGUUAUUAUACACAGUAAUGAGUAUGGGUGUGUGGAUUUGCUGGAUCUGGAAGAGAAACUGAAGAUGCACAAUGAGUUUAAUCUGAUAGGAUGUUUCAGUAUCUGCUCGAAUGUUUCAGGGGUUCUUGAAGAUGAUUUGUCUAUUACUGCUCUUCUUCACAAAUAUGGAGCCUUGGCAUUUUGGGAUUAUGCUUCUGCUGCUCCCUAUGUUCAUAUUGACAUGAAUCCUCAAGUACCAGAGGACGUGAACGGUCUGUGUUACAAGGAUGCAAUUUACUUCUCCAUGCAUAAAUUUAUUGGAGGAGUUCAAACCCCUGGCGUUCUUGUAGCGAAGAAGCAUGUGUUCAGGAACCCUGUUCCUAGUAUACCAGGAGGAGGAACAGUCUUUUUUGUAUCUGAGGAACAUGCUCGCUAUUUACAGGAUAUAGAAGUAAGAGAGGAGGGAGGAACCCCGUAUAUUGUUGAGAGUAUCAGAGCAGGACUUGUCAUGAAGCUAAAGGAGUCGGUAGGAUCUAGUUUUAUCAUGGAGCAGGAGCAUCAGCUCCGGAGAAGGGCUCUACAGACAUGGAGUUCAAUUCCUAAUCUGGCCAUCCUUGGUCCUAACCCCACUAACCAGGUUCCGAUCUUCUCCUUCCUUAUCAAGCAUCCAGAGUCAGGUCUCUUUCUUCAUUACAACUUUGUGGUUGCGCUACUGAAUGAUCUGUUUGGGAUUCAAGCACGUGGCGGGUGCGCAUGUGCCGGACCUUACAUGCAGAGUCUACUGGGUCUAGACAAGAAGCAGACGCGGCAAUAUGAAAAUAUUCUUCUAGAAGACUCAAGAUUGGAUCGCGUUGGGCUUCGUCGAGGUCACAUGGAGCAUUCCCAGUGGGAGAUUCUUCGACCUGGAGCUACUCGUCUCAACCUCUCCUGGUUCUCUAGUCAACUGGAGAAUCAGUUUGUUAUUGACGCUGUCAAGUUAGUUGCAGAGGAGGGCUGGAAACUUCUACCCUUGUAUAGAUUUAACAAUGAAACAGGUGAUUGGUAUCAUUCUGGAAAUACCAAGUUUAAAGAUCGAAGAUGGUUGGGACACAUCACCUUUAAGAACGGUAGGAUGGAACAGAUCGGAGUAAACCUUCCUCAGAAAAGUGAUCCUCCAACUUCACUAAUGGAUUGUAUUCACAAAGCUAAGGAGAUUCUAGACUCUAGUCCCCAUCUAGCAUCACGAGAAGUAGUUCCAGAUCAAACUAAAGUUUUUCCUGCAGAAGUUAAUUCCCUCAGAUGGUUUGUAACCCCAUUUGAAGCCAAGUGUGCCCUUUUAACACCCUUGGAACUGGUUCCCACCUCCUGCCCUUUCACUCCUAUCAGGUUCCUGCAGGCUGAUGGAACCACGGGGUUUGGUUCCCAUCAAGGAACUCUGGUUCUUCAGAGUAAAGAUCUGGAGAGAAUUUUAUCUAACAGUUCAAACAAAUUUAAACCCUGGACGCUUGAAGCCCGGAAACCUGUUAAAUCUAAACAAAAUGGCGGCACAAACCACGUAGAAUAUUCUGACUUGAACAGCUGCUUGUUACCAAAUGACACAAUCUCGGCAGAAAUCACCCAGGAGGAGAGAAUAGAGGUUGGUGAGGAUGCUCUGAAGAAGGAGUUAGAGAACUCCGGAAUAUCUGUGACAACCUGCAAUGAUGGUACAUGUAUUCUGCCAGGGGGGAAAAGAGACACAGAGAUUCCAAAACUUAAACCAAAGACUGCAUGCUGGAAGCCUCCUUCUAAGGAUAUUUUCAAACCUUUUCUGGAAGCUGUGACAGAGUUUGAUAUGAUCAAGGACGGAGACAAGGUCCUGGUCGGAGUAUCAGGGGGCAAGGAUUCUUUAUCUCUUCUUCACACUCUCAGGCAGUAUAUUUUCUACGCCGGGAAGAAUGGUAUUAACUUCAGUAUUGGAGCUGUAACUGUUGAUCCAAUGAGCAGCGGAUACGAUCCUAGACCUCUAAUACCAUAUAUGGAGCAGCUAGGUAUUGAAUAUCUGUUUGAGGAACAAGAUAUAAUGACACAAGCUCUGGAGGUUGAAGCUUCGUCAAUUUGUGCUUUCUGUUCAAGAAUGAAGAGAGGAAGACUCUAUGCUGCGGCAAGACGGGCUGGGUACAAUGUACUUGCUUUAGGCCAACAUCUAGAUGAUUUGUCUGAAAGUUUUUUCAUGUCCUUAUUCCAUAAUGGUAGACUGCGAACUAUGAAGGCUAACUAUACUAACUCAGAAGGAGAUCUAAGAAUAAUCCGACCGUUUGUGUAUGUACGGGAAAAUCUAUUGCGGCAUUUUGCGGAAUCGGAAAAGCUCCCGAUAAUCGCUGAAAACUGUCCUGCCUGCUUUGAAGCUCCGAAAGAGCGGCAGCGUAUAAAACAGCUUCUAGCUCAACAAGAGCUUCUUUUUCCCAGAUUGUAUUGGAACUUAAAAACGGCUUUAUAUCCUGUGAUGCGCAUCCACAAGACCGGACUAGAAUCCGCCAUUUUUGGUAAAUCCGCGGAUAUCUCUGCCGCCAUUGACGAAGACGACAUUGAAUGAACUUUUAAUUCAUUGUAAUCUGCUGUCUUACAACUUAUAGAAAUCAAUUUUUUAUAUUUUAUUUUUUAGAAUAAAUUGGUAAAUUCA